AUGGCAGACCCACGACUGAAUCGCAUCGAAGGGACCUUGACAUCCCUGCUCGAGAGUCUUAUUCCACCUGGCGCCGACCAAGAUGACACUGAUGUCGAGUUCCGCAUUGACAGCGCUAUCCAAAAUGCAAAAGAGGUCGUGCUGAGUGCAGACGGUAGACUGCCUCCGGACACAAACCAGGCCCAAGAUCUGAUCAAACGGAAGCUGUUGCGCGAAAAUGCAUCUCCAGAGAAGGCCGCUCGAUUCAGUAACCUCUACUCGAGGCUGCUCGCCAUCCCCGUCCUCAACCAGAAAUGGGCUAUUCUCUAUCUGCUGUACAAAUUGUCCGACAACGCUCACGCCGAACCGUCUCCUCGAAAUCCACUGGCAGACUCCAACCAGCUCGCAAACAUUCCACACCGUCAUACCUUAUCUCCGGAAAAGCCGUUUGUGGCAGAUGAGGACGAAGAGGAGCACGAGCACGAGCAUGACGGAGCCGAUGUACUGCCACCACAACCAUCGUUGCGCAGAGGUCGUGCUUUCUCAGCAAAAGUGAAUCAGCCCGAAGAGGAGGUUGGGGUGGCUGUAGAAGAGGAGGGCAGCCAACAACCGCAGGAGGCGGACCAGCAACAGCAACAAUCACAGCCACAACAAGCGGCUCAAGCCACGCUGAAAGCACGAGUAGUGUCUCCCUCCGAGUUGGAUCUGCUCCGAGAUUUGCCCUUUAAUCUUCAAGGUGUUUCCUCUGCUCAUCUCGACUUUAUCGACACGACAUGCCUGAAACUGCCCGCUAGUCUGCCGAUUCCCAUCCUGUCUCUGCUCCAUGCACUCGCUGAACCUUGUCUGCUGUAUCGAGGGUUGGCGGAAUACGCCGCUGGUCAAGAUGGAGGCCUGAUUGAUCAAAGUCUCCGUUCAGCCAUCAACAAUGAACUUCGCUCCUAUUUAAGUCUCGUGGCAUCGCUCGAAACCGAAAUCCGACAAGCCCUGGCGACUGUGCAGAAAACCCAGGAUCAGCAGUCCGUGCGCUUGACGGUUGUGACUUUGAAGAGGUGUCUGAUAUGGACCAGGGAUGCGACUAUGGGUCUGCGCCUCAUGAAAUUGAUCGUUGAAGACUCAAAGCAGAAGCGAGGCGGCCAAUUGUUAUCUCUCAUCCACAGUCUAUCCUCGUCCCACGGUGAUCCCUUCGUCGCCUCAUUCGCCGAGAAGAUUCUGGCACAGGUGGCUCGCCCUUUUUACGAGAUGCUCAAGCAUUGGAUCUACGACGGAGAAUUAAUUGAUCCUUACCAUGAAUUUUUCAUAACAGAACCGGAUCCGAACUCUCAGCCGGCCAUCGAUCAUAGGCACGUGGCUACCUCAGUUUGGGAGGAGAAGUACAAGCUCGACACGGCCAUGGUGCCCUCCAUCAUAUCUUCCGAGUUUGCCAGGAAAGUUUUCCUCAUUGGCAAAUCCCUCAAUUUCAUCCGCAACAACUGUGGAGACUCUGACUGGGUUAUACAAUACUCGAAGUCGAACUCGAGGUCUUUGGACUAUGGGAACACCUCCAACCUCUCUCAGUCUAUCGACGUCGCCUACCGCACAACCAUGUCCCGACUGACUAAUCUGAUGUCGACCAAGUUCGGCCUGUUUACCCACCUGACAGCGAUAAAGAAGUAUAUGCUGCUGGCGCAGGGCGACUUCUUUGAUCUACUCAUCGAGUCACUAGCUCAACACCUGGAUCGGCCGGUGAACUCGAUGUACAGACACAACCUCACCUCCCAGCUCGAACACGCCAUUCGACACUCGAAUGCACAAUAUGACGACGCCGAAGUCCUGCGCCGGCUGGAUGCGCGUAUGCUUGAGCUUUCUAGCGGCGAGAUUGGAUGGGACUGCUUCACUUUAGAGUACAAGAUCAGCGCCCCUUGCGACGUUGUCAUCACCCAGUGGGCCAACACACAGUACCUCAAAAUCUUCAACUUGCUGUGGAGAAUCAAAAGGGUCGAAUACUCUCUCGCCUCAACUUGCAAGCGCAGUAUGACUGGGGGUCGAGGAGUGCUGGCUGCCGUCAGCGACAAAUUAGGCAAUGACUGGAAGCGGUCAAGAUGCGUCGUGGCAGAGAUGGUCCAUUUUGUCAACCAGCUGCAGUAUUAUCUGCUCUUUGAGGUCAUCGAGGCUAGCUGGAAGAAGCUCGAGGACGCUCUGCAGAAGCCUGAAGCCACGCUGGAUGAUUUGAUCGAAGCUCACACGACUUAUCUCAAUAACAUUACCAAAAAGGGUCUCAUUGGCCAACAACGGCAUCCGGUUACUGGCCAUCAAGAAGACAGCCUGAUUGUGCAGGUACAUCACAUCUUGAAAUGCAUGCUCGCUUACCGCGAAGUCAUCGAUUCACUUUACUCGUACAGCGUGGCCGAGUAUACGAGACGGCAGCAAUUCAGUGCCAAGAUAGAGCGACGGACCGCCCAAGGCAAAUGGGGUAUCACGGAGAAGGACGUUCUCGGUGACUCGAGAGCUAGCACACCAACUGCUGGAGCACUUCUCAAAGGUGCACAGUUACUCGCGGAAGAAAAUGAACCCUCUCUUGCGCCGACGAACGUGAACCUGAGCGCAACAGACGACGAAACUCAUCUCGGCCUCCUGAGGUCGAGGCAACUGAAUUUAUCUGCUGACUUCAAAUCACGAGUGAGUAUGUUAUUGUAUGACUUGGCUCAUCAGCCAGACGUGGAUCUACGAUUCUUGGGAGUGGUGAUGAAUUUCAACGAGGUGUACCAGCCGAUCAACCUUCGACGGCAGCACGCGAGACGUGCCCGUGAGAAGCGCGAAAUAGAACGCAAGGCUCGAGAGGCCACCGUAUCAUCUGAGGGGCCCAGCAAUGUAUCUAUGGAGAAGGACCUGAAUAGCUCGAGUGUCAAGACUUGA